AUGCUGAAUAAAAGUGAUGCGGUUAGCGAAGCGCAGCAAAAUUUGAUCAUGAAGCAUUCCUCGAUUCGCACCUUCUUGGAUCACUACCUACCCCGAAAUAUCGACACUGAUAUGCAAAACAUUAUGAAUGGUCGGGACCCCAAUACCCAGCUAAUGAAUGCUAUCACUCGGAUGAGUAGGUGGAUUGACAAUAGACGCCCUUGGCAUCUUACCCCUAUACAAAGGGCAUCCCUUCGCGAACAUCCGGAAUAUCUAGAAGCCACGCGACGAGUGAAUGAGCAGGCCAAAGCCUCCCGACAUAACUCGAGCAUACAAAUGCAGUUACAACUAGAAAAAUUAACUCGGGAAAGAACCAACACGUUUAAUCGGCUAGCAAGGGCCCUAAGACAACAGAUACGGAAGGAGUUCGAUCGCAAACAGGCUAUCAUCGAUAUUGAGCGCCAACUCUCAGGGGCUGCUAUUAACGACGAGGAAGCCAAGGAUGUCCUUCGGACCGACCAGAUGCUACCAGAACAGAUAUACCUUUUCGAAAAGCUAUUCACUUGGCCAACAUCUCUCUCCUUGGAAAACGAGUGGCAGCGACGGAACGCAGCAGUAAAGGCGAUUUCGCAAUAUUGUUCCCUCCUCGAAGGGGGCCCGCUACGUGGACGGCCUAAGCGGGCAACGCUUAGUGAUGGAUUCGACGAAGAGCAGUCCGCAAUAGUAGUGCGCCCAGCCAAAAUACAUUGCGCAUCUCCUAAGCCUUCACAACAAGAACUCCUUUUACAGCAAGCCGAGGAACAUAUCAGGAUAGCAGAACAACCGCAACGGUGUUUUCAAUGCUUUGGCAAUACCAUGCUUCAAUUCAUCGUCGAACGCAGGAAUGGAGCGAAUACAAGUCAACAUUGA